AUAUUGCUUGAGUGUGGCUACAUUGCAAAGCUGUUCCCUAAACACGAGGAGACGGCAUACAUGGAAAUGCUGCGGGCGCUUCUGAGUGGUGCAAAGACAGCAGGGUUUAGAGCAUCUGUCUGCAAACAAAUAUUAAAAGCCUCUGCUUUAUCAACAAAAAAAAACACAACGCUUCUUCACUGUAUUCUUCCUGCUCUCGUACAGACUAUCCAGGCCAAAGAGGCAGUCAGCUCCGGCAGUACGAUGCCUUUGCUGCACUUGUGCGCUGCGUCUUUGGUUAAUUUGAGUGCUGGGGAUCCGCGAACCAAAGAAAUUCUUCUAGAGGGAGGCGUACAUUCUGCUUGCCUCACCCUCCUUAAAACAAAGGAAGCAAACGUAGUAUUGGCUGCGUUGCUGCUGCUGCUAAAUCUAACAAAGCUGGCGGCCCACAGACAAAAGUUUCUCGCUGCUGGAGGUCUUUACCCUAUUGUAGAUCUCCUCAUGCACAACUACGCCUCAGAUCUUCCGGAUCGGCGGGCUCUGCUGUCUGCGUUGAUGGGAGUUGUGGGGCAGUUGGCCAACGAUGAAGAGGCGAGGGCAGACCUCAUUGACAGGUUUCCGGUUGUUGACUUUGUGCUAUACGCAUUUCAUACAGCUGGAGAAGACGUAGAGUAUAAGACAAAAUGUCUCUGUCUGUCUCUGUCUUUGCUUUGGUUGUUUGCGCGUUUUGUUUGA